GUAAAUAAACCCACAAAUCGAUUUUUAAAAAUGGAGAGAGAAAAAAUAUCACUUGUUGCCAAGAACGGGAAGGCAGAGUAUUCAUGUUUAUAAACUUCCGUAAUUUGCUCAUGGAUGUAACCUCUUCUUUAUAGCUCACGGAAUUACCUAUGACGCUCUUAUGCUUAUGAAUGACAAUGAUUUGAUAGAUAUGGAUAUAACACAGAAAGGCCUUCGAGUCAUAAUUAUGAACUUCGUGAAAAACAAUCGACAACAAUCGGCGCAUACGACGGACACAUCUACGGAUCUCGUAAAUAGUGAUCGAGAGCCUCCAUUACUUGUGCCAUCCUAUUUCUCGAUUUCAGAAAUCAAAACAACGUUGGAAAAUACGUCGAAAUUUCGUAAUAUUUUGUAUGGUCAACUAAACAAUGACCAAGUUCCGGGACAUAACGAUUUAUUAGAAAUGGUCAGAAUAAUUUGCAACCAUUUUUUUGAAGAUCGUGUUCUGAAUCACCAGAACUACCCAACUCGAGGCGAAAAACAAUUGCUCGCUAGGAAUAUUUGUGAAGCAUUUCCGCAAUUAAAAAAGACAAAAACAAAUGUCAAUGGUCCUGACGAGUCAUUUUUCUUCUGGUCAAAUGGCGGUGCAUGUAAAGGGCCGCACACUGGCCUGAUUGAACAGAGGACCAACAAUAUGCGCAAAAAGGUCCCUAAAGAAAAUCGGAAAUUUAUGAGAAAAACUUCAUGUUCCUUGAAUUCAGAUGAAGAAGAUCGUCACGCUGAAGCUGCUAAGUUUUCCGCUGAAAAAUGUGCCACCUUAACGCCAACGCCGGAAAACUGCCACAUUAUUUCUUAUAUGAUGUAUGAAGCCACCCCGCUCCAUAAGUCGAUGCUAAGCAGAAAUCGUAGCGUUUCCGACAUCAUUCGUCAAUUUCCGCAUCUUCGAUCUUACCAUGGCUUGUUGAUACAACAAGCGUACAAUAGGUUCACAGGAAACCGGACAUCAGCACCAGAUCUAAAGGGAUUUUUAUCAAAAUCGUUGUUGUUACGACGUGACAUUUUCAAUUUCAUCGAUGAUGAGUACAUUCGGGCGUGUUUGAUAAUCAUGAGGCAGUUGCCCGUUCGUGGCUGUAAACGUGGUAGAGAAAUGGAAUGUAUGUCAGUCGAUGAAGUAUCAGCAGCUCCAUUUAUACGAUGGGUUAAGGUAUAG